ACUUAUAAAAAAUUAACAAUUGAUUUAGUGAAACAAAUAGAAAACCAGAGAAAGGAAAAUGGAGAAUCUAUUUUGACAUUUAAAUUUAAUAAGAAAAGAGUAAGAAUUUUGACCAAAUUAGAUGAAGUUACAUUACAUUCCAAAGGAAUUGUUUAUUGGAUGUUCAGAGAUGCCAGAGUUCAUGAUAACUGGGCAUUGUUAUUUGCACAAAAAAUUGCUUUGAAAAAUAGGGUACCUUUACACGUAUGUUUUUGUGUACCACCAAAGUUUCUUGACGCAACUUUACGUCAUUAUAAAUUUUUAUUAGGAGGUUUGGUUGAAGUGGAACAAGACUGUAGAGCACUAAAUAUUAAUUUCCAUCUUCUAUAUGGCGAACCAAAUAAUAUGAUUUUUGAUUUUGUUAAUAAAUAUAAAAUGGGAGCAAUUAUAAUCGAUUUUUUUCCAUUAAAGCUACCAUUAUCUUGGGUCGAUGAUUUGAAAGACAAACUUUCUGAAAACAUUCCAAUUUGUCAGGUUGAUGCUCAUAAUAUUGUUCCUUGUUGGAUUGUUUCUGAAAAAUUAGAGUAUGCUGCACGCACUAUAAGGAAUAAGAUUAAUUCGAAAUUAGAGGAGUUCCUUACUGAAUUUCCACCUGUAAUAAAGCACCCAUAUGUAUCAAACCAAAAGUUUGAUAAAACUAAAUGGGAUAAGUUAUUGAAUAAUAAAUUAAUUGAUAAAUCAGUGAAUGAAAUUACAUGGGCAAAACCAGGAUACGAGAAGGGAAUCGAGGAAUUUAAUAAUUUUAUAAAAAAUCGCCUCAACUUUUACAAUGAAAAACGUAAUAAUCCAAUUUAUGAUGCAGAAAGUAAAUUAUCGCCAUGGUUUCACUUUGGCAUGAUCUCCGUACAAAGAUGCAUUUUAGAAAUUGUAAAAUAUAAAUCUCAAUAUAAGAAGUCAGUAGAAGAUUUUAUGGAAGAAGCCAUAAUUCGCAGAGAACUUAGCGAUAAUUUUUGUUUUUAUAAUUCAAAUUAUGAUAAUAUUAAUGGAGCAUUUAAGUGGGCUACAAUAACAUUAAAUCAGCAUCGUAAUGAUAUGAGAGAUUACUUGUACACGUUGGAUGAAUUUGAGAAUGGAUUGACACAUGAUAAUUUGUGGAAUGCUGCUCAAAUGCAACUAAUAAAGGAAGGAAAAAUGCAUGGUUUUCUGCGAAUGUAUUGGGCUAAAAAAUUUUUAGAAUGGACUGAAAAACCAGAGGAUGCAUUGAAAUGGUCAAUCUAUUUAAAUAAUAAAUAUAGUAUCGAUGGUCAAGAUCCAAAUGGAUAUGUCGGUUGUAUGUGGUCAAUAUGUGGUGUGCAUGAUCAUGGAUGGAAAGAGCGACCAAUUUUUGGUAAAAUUCGUUACAUGAAUUACAAAGGCUGUGAAAGAAAAUUUGAUGUAAAGGCGUUCAUAGAAAAAUAUACAACGAAGGCUUUUACACAUAAAGAAAAAAAGAAG